CUAAAAUUCAAUUAGGAUAAUGAUAUUAACAAAUGGCAAUCAAUCCAAGGCGGCGAAUUUUCGUGCUUGGACACGUGAGGAAGUGAUCCCGUUGGUAUUUGGGGCCUUUCCCCUUUUCCCAACUUCAGUUGUUUUCUCAUUCAAAAUCCUCACUUCACAUUCUUCUGCCUGAAAGGAAGAGCUUCCCAUUGCUACCACUAUGGCCGAUGAUGGUUUGUCCUCUCAUAGGAGAGACCCAAUCAAGACUUCAGUGGGGAACCUUGCAGCUCAGAGACGGCGGCAGCACGCGGUUACUGUCAGGAAAGAAAGAAGAGAUUCAUUAGUGCAGGCAAAGCGUCUUUGCAGAGUUGGGACUAGUGGCGAUUGCGAUUAUCCCGUGGAUAAUGAUAUGAUAAUUGAUGAAGAGCCGUCGAUUCUCGAGGCUCAAACCAUUUCUGCAGUAGAAGAACUAAAGUCUGCUGUUGCCUAUCAAGGAAGAGGCGCAAUGCAGAAGCGGGUGAGUGCGCUUCGUGAACUAAGGCGUCUAUUAUCGAUGUCCGAGUUUCCUCCAGUUGAAGCUGCGCUUAAAGCUGGAGCAAUAUCAAUACUUGUGCAGUGUCUUUCUUUUGGCUCUCCUGAUGAGCAGUUGCUUGAGGCUGCUUGGUGCCUCACAAACAUUGCAGCAGGAAAACCAGAAGAAACAAAAGCUUUGUUGCCUGCAUUGCCACUGCUCAUUGCUCACCUUGGAGAAAAGAGUUCUGUGCCUGUAGCUGAGCAGUGUUCAUGGGCCUUGGGAAAUGUUGCUGGUGAAGGAGAGGAUCUAAGAAAUGUUUUGCUAUCCCAAGGGGCCUUACUACCCCUUGCAAGAAUGAUGCUGCCUAACAAAGGUUCAACAGUGAGAACAGCUGCUUGGGCUUUGUCAAACCUAAUCAAGGGCCCCGAUCCUAAAGCAGCAGUGGAGCUAAUGAAGGUUGAUGGGGUACUUGAUGCAAUCAUUCGACACUUGAAGAAAGCGGAUGAGGAUCUUGCAACUGAAGUAGCAUGGGUAGUUGUAUAUCUGUCAGCUCUUUCAAACCUUGGUUCAAGUUUGCUGGUGAAGAGAGACAUUCUUCAAAUCCUUGUGGAAAGAUUGGAGACGUCCAAUAGCUUGCAAUUACUCAUUCCGGUGCUGAGAACUUUAGGUAAUCUUGUGGCCGGUGAUUCACAUACAAUUUCUGCUAUUCUUAUUCCAGGACAUGAAAUUACAGAUAAUAUCAUAAUGGUCCUAAUAAAAUGUUUGAAAUGUGAGCACAGGGUAUUGAAAAAGGAAGCAGCUUGGGUGUUGUCUAAUAUUGCUGCUGGUUCCAUUGAACAGAAACAGUUGAUAUAUUGUAGUGAGGUGGUGCCUUUGGCGUUACGCUUUCUUUCAACAGCACCAUUUGACAUAAGAAAGGAAGUGGCAUAUGUUUUAGGAAAUCUCUGUGUUGCUCCAGCCACAGGAGAUGGGAAGCCAACUUUGGUUCUAGAUCACUUGGUUUCCCUUGUUGGCAGAGGAUGCCUUUCAGGUUUCAUUGACUUGGUUAGGUCUGCCGAUAUUGAGGCUGCUCGAUUAGGUCUUCAGUUCAUAGAACUGGUUCUUAGAGGGAUGCCAAAUGGUGAGGGUCCAAAGCUUGUUGAAGGAGAGGAUGGAAUUGAUGCAAUGGAGAGAUUUCAAUUUCAUGAAAAUCAGGAUCUGAGAACCAUGGCGAACAGUUUAGUUGAUAAAUACUUUGGGGAGGACUAUGGUGCGGAUGAGUAGCUGAGGAUAGUAUACUUUCUGAUAACUCCUCUUUUUUCUUCCAUUUUUAAUUUGUUGCAUUGUCAGCCCAUCCUUGUGGGAAGUAGUUUAUUCGUUGCCUUGUUGGCGAUCUUUACGGGAAGUCGUCAUGAACCAUUUGAUGAUAAUCGCCAUUUUGUGGCCAAACUGUGAAUUGGUUUGUUAAAGGUUGAUAUAAAAAAUUCCGUAGGAUGUUUGACACCAUGCAAUUAGGUAUUUGUUGUUCAUGGUGUCAUGGGAUGUUUUGGCACGGUGUUACUAAGCAAUUGUUCAUGAUGCCUUUGUAAA